CGGAAACGCAAUCGAUUCGAUAGAAAAGAGUUAACGAUCACCAUGGCACACGCUCGCAACGUCCUCCCAUUCCACACGAAUGAAACCACAAAUGGGCAUUCCAACGGCACCUCCAGGGACAAAGAGAAACAGAAUGGCAACAAUGGCAACAACGAUAGCCGGGGAACACGCUUCAAGCUCGCAUUGACGGCCAAGUGGAAGAACGAACUGGUAGCCGCGGCGGCAGAAUUCGCUGGCACCUUUAUGUUUCUCUUCUUCGCGUAUGGGGGCACGCAAGUCGCCAACUCUGCAGCUGCCCAAGAUAAUCCAGGCGCUGUGGGCGGGCAGGAUAACAGCAUUACGCAGACACCGAAUACGAGUGUACUAUUGUACAUUAGCUUGAUUUUUGGAUUUAGUCUGAUGGUGAAUGUCUGGGUAUUUUUCAGGGUCAGCGGAGGGCUCUUUAAUCCUGCUGUAACUCUCGGGUUGUACCUCAUCGGCGCUGUCAAUGGCGUCCGCGCCAUCAUGUGCUUCGUCUCGCAGAUGCUAGCAGGAAUGGCCGCUGCAGGUGUCAUAGACGCGAUUCUCCCGGGCCCACUCAACGUCUCCACCACCCUGGGCGCUGGUAUGACACCCGCGCGAGGCGUCUUCCUGGAAAUGUUCCUUACCUCGAUUCUGGUUUUUACCAUCUUCAUGCUUGCCGCUGAGAAGCACAAGGCCACUUAUCUAGCUCCUGUCGGGAUUGGACUAGCACUCUUCAUCGCUGAGCUUGUGGGCGUCUUCUUCACGGGUGGCAGCUUGAAUCCCACGCGCAGUUUUGGACCUUGCGUGGUGACGCACGUAUUCCCCGGGUACCACUAUAUCUAUUGGUUCGGACCACUUAUGGGCACGUUGCUGGCAUUCGCCAUGUACAAGAUUGUCAAGUUGGUCGACUACGAGACAGUGAAUCCUGGUCAGGACUUUGAUGACCAUGAAGCUGCUCUUUUCAACCCACCGGAAGAUGCAGAGAACGCUGAGCAGGUUCAGCGUCCUAAUGUAGCUGCCAUCACCGCGCAGCAAGCUGUCAGAAUGGCGAGCGGACAGAGCGAUGUUUCGCCUGAUCGAGCCAAUAAUGUUGGAACUUACAUGGAGAGAUCCAUGUCCUCCAACCCACCAAUUAACGAUGAAGAGAUUCGAUCCAAUGGAGUCCAGAGGUCUCACAGUCAGCACAUAAAAGGUUCGAAAAAUAGAGCAGAUGGCUUACAGAACUCACAGAGCCACCGGAGAAAUGACUCAAUUAAUCAAAAGGACGUAUCGCCCUACAACCACUCAAGAGAUGGGUCUCGAAACCGAUCCGACGGCCUCCAGAACGCAAUCAUGCAGCUGUCAGACAUGAGUGUUGAAAGAGAAAUAUCAAGGACUGGCCAUAUCAGACAUUGA